AUGACUGAUCCAAUUCAAUCGUCAUCAUCAUCGAUAGAAGUGAAAAUAGAGCAACAACCACUGACCUGUCCCUCCUGUCCAACCGAGCCUAAUGCAAUUCCCGUCUGGCUCAGAGACCGCACCGAAACUUGGAUAGAAUGCGACAACUGCGACAUUUGGUAUCAUGCUGUAUGUGUUAAUGUAGACCCAACCGACGUAGAACGCAUAGAGAAUUAUGUGUGCUCCAAGUGUGCACAGACUACCACGCAGACUACAACAUGGCUACGCACCUCAACAAGAGAGCAUUCGAGGAUCAAUUAUGCCGAUUUAGAUAAUGGGGAUAUGGCAGCUUGUACAAAAGGAGAGAGAAGCGGGAACAAGUGGAAGAAGUUACUGGAGGAAAAGAGGUUUACAGCUAAUAGGUUUAAAAAAAUGAAAGGCGGUGAAUUGACUUUGGAAUGGGUUAAGAAGACUGGAUUAGACGAACCGAUUAUAAUAGAGGACCCUGAGGGUUUGGAUAUGGUCAUGCCUGGGGCAGACACUACUGUGAGUGAUAUUGCUGUAGCUGUUGGCCUCGACCAUCCAGUCGACGUAAUAGACGUCUCCACACAGCAAGAACUCCAAGGCUGGACCAUGGAAUCCUGGGCAGCCUUCUUCGAAGACCCAAACCGCACAGAUACAUUAAACGUAAUAUCUCUCGAAGUCAGCGAUACGCCCUUUGCAUCCCAAAUAGUUCGUCCUCGCAUUGUGCGAGAACUUGACUGGAUCGAAAACGUCUGGCCACGACAUCUCCGUUUAACGGAAUAUCCCAAAGUCCAGUUAUACUGUCUAAUGUCAGUUAAAGACUCAUAUACCGAUUUUCAUAUAGAUUUUGGAGGAACAUCCGUGUUCUACCACAUCAUUAGAGGAGAGAAGAAUUUCUAUUUCAUCGAACCAACACCGAAAAAUAUGAAGAAAUAUGAAUCAUGGAUUAGUUCACCCGACCAGAGUUUGAAUUUUUUUGCUGAUUUUGUUAAAGAAUGUCAAAUCGUCAAGUUGAAGACUGGAAGCACGAUGGUUAUCCCAACAGGUUGGAUCCAUGCGGUCUUUACACCUGCCGAUUCACUCGUAAUUGGCGGUAAUUUCCUACAUAGUAUGGGCAUCGCCGGCCAGUUACGGACGUUCGAGUUAGAGCGACGAGCUCAUGUACCAUUAAAGUACCGAUUUCCUUACUUCGAAAGGAUGAUUUGGUACGCAGGAGCGUUUUAUUGUGAUGUACUUAAAGACUCUCCACAUGCUCUCUGCCCGACCGAGAUAGACGGCCUAACAGAAUUAACCAAAUUCCUUCGUCGACAACUUGCAAAACUUGACAAAUCGAGCGGAGUCUCUGCAGAGGAACGUAAGGCAAUCAGGAAUGCUAUGCCCGAUAAUUUAACUGAUCCUUCACAGUUAACCAGGAGGUUGCAGAGGAGACUAAACAGAGUCUUAAUACAACGGUUAGAAGUAGCCAAGGAUGAGUUGGAAGCAUGUUUGGUACGAAUGAAAAGAGAGAGGGAAGAAGAUUGA